UUUCACGGGUAUUUUCUCUCCCCUUUUACCGAGAGAGAGAGAGAGAGAGAGGAUCCGAAGCAAGGUUAGCUUCUCGAGAGAGAGAGGAGAGAGAGAGAGGGAGAGGGCGUUUAUAUUGAUCAGCUCUAUUGUGUGAAUGUGAAUGAGGAGGCUUCUCUGUAAGGUAUUGUGUUAAUGUAUAUCUAUGUGACCGAGCAUUGAAUUUGUAGCAGAAUGGCAGAGAUUGUUUUAGCUCCGGAAGAGGAUAGGGACAAAAGGUCCGAUUUUGAGGUCACUGAGGACGAGAAAAGAAGAACGAGGAUCAGAUCUUUGAAGAAGAAGGCGAUGAGUGCUUCCACUAAACUUACGCACACUCUCAGAAAACGCAGCAAGCGCGUCGCUCAUUGUCGAUUCGCAUCCAUUUCAACGGAAGAUUUUCGGGAUGAGCAGGAAGAGGAGGCGGUUAAUACAUUUCGUAGGGUCUUGAUUGAAAAGGAUCUCCUCCCCCCUCGCCAUGAUGACUAUCAUACCAUGCUCAGAUUUUUAAAAGCAAGGAAGUUUGAUCUUGACAAGACAAUCCAAAUGUGGGCUGAAAUGCUCAACUGGAGAAAAGAGAAUGGAGUGGAUACUAUUUUACAGGAUUUUAACUACGACGAAUUCCAAGAAGUUCAGCGUUACUACCCUCAUGGUUACCAUGGCGUAGAUAAAGGGGGACGGCCUGUUUAUAUUGAAAGACUUGGCAAAGUUGAUCCGAGUAGGCUUAUGAGUGUCACUACAGUAGACCGGUUCUUGAAGUAUCAUAUUCAAGGGUUUGAAAAGACCUUCUCUCAAAAGUUUCCAGCAUGUUCAAUUGCAGCAAAGAGGCAUAUAGAUUCUUCAACCACAAUCCUUGAUGUCCAUGGGAUGAACUGGAGAAGUUUUGGCAAGCUUGCACAUGAUCUAGUCAUGCGCAUACAAAAAAUAGACGGUGACAACUAUCCCGAGACAUUGCACCAGAUGUUCAUUGUUAAUGCUGGAAGUGGAUUUAGACUGAUAUGGAACACAGUAAAAGGCUUUCUUGAUCCACGGACGACGGCAAAGAUACAUGUCUUAGGAAGCAAAUUCCAGAGCAAAUUACUGGAAAUCAUAGACCCUAACCAAUUGCCAGAUUUUCUAGGAGGAAACUGUGUGUGCCCAAAUGAGGGCGGGUGUAUGAGAUCUGAUAAAGGACCUUGGGAUGAUCCAGAGUUGAUGAAGUUGGUUUCUGCUUUACAUGGGGAAACCACUUAUAGAAAGCUUGGAAGUUUUUCUGACAGUGAAGAUAUAGAAAUCAAGCCACUUUCUUUAUCUUUACCAAAUAGAGAGACUGGUUAUGCUGAACCAGGGGCAGAUGUGGGGUUUUACGCUUACAGUGGCAAGAAACCAAUUCAAUUUUGGACUAAUGAAGAAACAGAAAGGUGUCCUGAUUCUCUUAGCAAGAUAGAUGAACAACCAGAUAGUGGGAGUAUAGUUGAAAAUUAUAACUCGUCAAGUUCUACAUAUGGAACUUCACGAGUUGAAAGGAAAUCGAUGUUUAGAUUUUUUAUCGACAUCCUAAUUAAGUUACUAGGAUGGAUAUACAUUUCUCAGCAUCGAAUUAGUGGAGUAUGUGUAAAGAAAAAAUUAGACAGGUCAAAUACAGAUCAUGGGCAAAACUCAACCUCCCCUCCAAAAGGGGACCUCCUUCAUCCCUGUUGCCAGAGGCUGCAAAAUUUGGAAAAGGCAGUUUCUGAGCUGUUAAAAAAACCCACGGAGAUUCCUCCUGAGAAGAACCAUAUGCUGCUAGAUUCAUUGGACCGCAUCAAGUCAAUUGAAUAUGAUUUGCAGAAGACAAAGAAAGCAUUGUUUGCAACAGCAUCACAACAAGUAGAGCUGGCUGAGUCCCUAGAAUUAUUGAAGGACGAGAGUUUCAAUAAAGGAUCACUGUCUUGCUGGCUGCGAACAAAGUCGUCUUCUCCUCGCAUUUGACCCUGAGGAUCAACUUUAUGCGCUAUGAAAUUGACAUAGAUGGCAGCAUGGAUUGGACAUAAACUGAUUUCACGUCUCGCUCGACUUAGAUAUGUGUAUAAACAAUGUGAGAGUGAGGACAAUUUGAUCAUUGUACAUAUUGCGGCAUCAUCAUUUAGCAUUGAGUUAUUUUCAAUUAUUAGCACUUUGAUGAACUCACGGAUAAUAUCAUGUCAAUUGAUUCGCACAAAAUUAAUCUGGGAGUUAGAAGCUACGUGGUGGGUAAAAAGCAUUAUAGUGUGUUGGCUCAAGUCCUGGAGAUGUGCAUGGAUGAUAAGAAAAGGCACUUGGAGUUGCGAAAUGAACUUGGUAUCAAUUUUGUGGUUUUAGGGCAGUGAUAAAAGAUGUCAACUCCUUUUUAAAUUUUAUCACAAAUGGAUAAUUUUUCAGAAGCCCAAACACUAAAAUUACUCUUAUUCAAAAUAUGGUAUUUCUAUUUUUUA